AUGCCACACACGUCGCGGAUCUAUUCUUCAGAGAAAUCGUUCUGUCUUCAUGGGAUUCCGAGAACUAUCACCUCUGAUCGGGAUGUAAAGUUCUUGAGCCAUUUUCGGAGGACUCUUUGGGAAAAAUUCGGCACUCUGUUGCAAUUCAGCUCGGCUGCCCACCCUCAAACAGACGGACAAACUGAAACUGUUAAUCGCAGUCUCGGUAACUUGUUGAGGUGUUUUGUUGGGAAGAAUAUCCGCCAGUGGGAUCUCAUCUUAGCUCAGAUCGAGUUUGCUUUUAACCGUUCUGUUAAUCAAGCUACCAAGUGCAGUCCUUUUGAGGUCGCUUAUGGGUAUAAUCCCAUUACUCCGCUAGAUCUCAUACCAAACACACCUCCUUCUAUUUUCAGUAUUGAUGGAGUACAGGUGGUGAUCGGAGUUCGACAAAGGAGUAAGAAUUCUCCGUUGAGCUCUCGGGAGAAGAAGAGAAUUAUCUUUGAGGAUAUAUGGGGAUCUUAUCUAGCAUCAUUUGCUAUGGUGAAGAAGGAAUGGAGCAAGAAAUACAAUGGGGAUUAUUCACAAAUUCUAAAUGCCAAAUGUAAAAGAACGCUUAAAUCGUUGUUCUUCUGGAGCAAGGCUAAGCUGAGGAAUCUUGAAGAUCUUAAAAGUAGUUUAAUGGAGGAUAUUCUUAAACUACAAAUUACUGAAUCUGAAACUGGUUGGCUAUCCGAAGUAGACUGUUGGAAGAUGAAAUCCAAAGCUGCUAAACUAAAUUCUACUAUGGCUUGUAUGUAUUAUAAUUGGAAAGACACACUUGUGGUUCUCAUUCCAAAGGUCUCUAAUCCUUUGAUGCCUUCAAAUUAUAGGCCUAUAAGCCUUUGCAAUUCAGUUUACAAAAUUACUGCAAAAGUUAUCUUGAAUAGGCUUAUUCCGGUUAUUCCAUUGCUAAUCACGGAGGAGCAAGCUGCUUUUAUUAGAGGGAGAUCCAUCUCAGAUCACAUACUCAUUUCCCAAGAAAUGUUUCAUAAAUUUUGGUACUCUAAGGCAGCUAAUGGGAUGGUGGCUUACAAAGUAGACAUGGAGCAAGCAUAUGACUCUAUGAGUUGGAAAACUUUAAAACAGGUUUUGAACUACUUUGAUUUCCCAGAUAUGAUUUCAAAUCUAAUAUUGGAAUAUGUUUUAAAUCCCAUAUUUUCUAUUAUUAUAAAUGGGAAACUAUCUAGAUGGAUUAAGGUUGAAAGUGGUUUUCGUCAGGGUCCUCGGAUAUCACGCUUACUACUUGCUGAUGAUGUUUUGCUUUUCUCAGUAGCUACACGGAAGGCGGUUCUUGAAGUUAAAGACAUUCUUUCUAACUUCAACUUGUGGACAGGACAGAAAAUCAACACUGAGAAAUCUGCCAUUCUAUUUGGAAGCAAUGUUAAAAGAAGGAAGAAGAAACAGAUAUCCAGAAUUAUGGGAUUUAAAAAAGUAAAGGAACUUGUUUACCUUGGCAUUAAGAUGACUUUGAGAAGAAUGGUGGCUAGUUACUUCUAUUUCAUCAUUGAGAAACUUCUUAAAUUACUCAAUACUUGGGGAACAAAGUCUUUAUCACUAUCAAGUAAGAUUGUUCUUAUUAAAACUGUUAUCCUAGCAUUUCCCAACUAUUUCAGCUCUCACUCUUUGGUGCCGGUGCAAGUCCUUAAGGAGAUUGACAAAAUUUGUAGAGGAUUUCUUUGGAAUAAAUAUGGUAAAAAUCCUGGACUUCAUUAUAUCAGCUGGGAUAACCUUUGCCAGCCAAUGAAGAAAGGUGGUUGUGGAUUACAUUCUUCAUAUACAAGGGUAGCUCCUCUUAGAGUUAGAUUAUCUUGGAGAUUCCUUAAUAAUAAGGAGUCUUUAUUACAUAGAACUUUAGCUCCUAAAUGGAAAGUAGUGAAUGGGAGUUCAAUCAAAGUAUUCAAGAAUAAGUGGAUACUUGAUAGAAGAAUCAAUGGCUGGCCUACUUUUGUUAUCUCUCAAGAUGAUAGAGAUCAGUUUCUGAGAAGUUUCAUUGAAGAAGGUUGCUGGAAUGAGGAAAAAUUGAUGCAGAAUUUUGGUAAAGAUCUGGUAGAUCUCAUUCUAAAUAUCAAAAUUGAUAAAAUUAUGUAUGAUGAUGUCAAAGAACUCAUCUAUCAAGGUCCAGGAAGAUCUAUUCCUGAAAUGAUUAGAGAAUUUCAGCAACAAGAUGAGGAAUGGAUACCUUUUUAUUGGAUAAAGAAGGCAAAAGUGAAUCCACGGGUUCAAACCUUCAUCUGGAGAAUUCUCAAAAAUGCAUUACCUACUUUUCAAUUUCUUGUUCAAAGAAGAUUAAAACAGAAUGAUAAAUGCCCAAGAUGCUCUAUUGGUAGAGAAGAUAUGGAGCACAUUUUUGGUGGCUGUUCCAAAAUCAAAGAGGUGAUCAAUAUUCUUGACAGAUGGGGCUUUGUUUAG